GAAAUUCCAGCUUGUGUUUGAGCAAUGUCGAAAGAGAGGGCAGAAGCUGUCGGAAUGGAAGAAGAAAAAGCAGAAGAGCAGCAGCAGCAGCAGCACCCCCCUCCGUCGAGCGUGAUAGAGACGCUCCAAGAAGGCACGAAGUCGAUCUUCAAGGCCGUUCAAGAAGCCACCAUCGGCAAAGCCCAUGACGCGUCGGAGAAGAUCAGUGAAGGUGGCGAUGCUGCUGCAGACAAGACAAUCAGCACCAAAGACUCCGCUGCAGAGAAAACCCGUGAAACUGCGGGUUCUGCUACUGAGAAGGCAAAGGAGUACAAGGAUUCUGCUUCGGAGAAGAUGGGAGAGUAUAAGGAUUCUUCAGCAGAAAAGGCGAGGGAAGUGAAGGACUCUGCAGCGGAGAAGAUGGGGGAGUACAAGGAUUCUGCGGAGGAGAAGGCAAGGGAAGCGAAGGACACUACUGCGGUGAAGAUGGGGGAGUACAAGGAUUCUGCGGAGGAGAAGGCAAGGGAGGGGAAGGUCUCUAUGUCGGAGAAGAUAGUGGAGUACAAGGAAUCUGCAGUGGAUGUAGCUAGGCGUGCAAUGGAUUUCUUGUCGGGGAAGAAGGAUGAGGCAAAGGAGAAGUCAGCAGAGACAACCGAAGAAGCAAAAGAGAAGCUGACCAAUUCGGGGGAAUCAGCGAAACAGAAGGCGGAGGAGACUGGUGAAGCAGCCAAAGAAAAGUUUACUGAGACUGAAGAAGCGGCGAGACAGAAGAUGGCGGGCCUGCAGGUUAGGGAGAAAGAGUCGGCUGAUGGAGGGAGGGAGAAAGCAGAAGCAGCUAAGGAAGCGGCGAGUGAAAGAGGGAGUGCGGCGAAGAGCAACAUCUUGAGCCCGAUUGGGAACGUGACGGAGGUGAUACAGGAGAAAUUGGCUGGGACGAAGGAGGCAGCGGUGGAGAAACAGGAGCAUGGAGGAGGAGAGAAAGUGAAGGAGAGUAUUGUAGUUGAGGGAGGAGAUGAUGGUGAUGAUCUUGGUGGGGCUUUGAAGGCAUAAGAUCAGGUGGGAAGAGAAGGGAAGAUGUGAUGAAAUGGUGAAGGGAUCUUUUGGUAGGAAAUAAAGGUAAUUUGUUUGAAUGUUUGUGGAGGGGGGUGUUUUGGUGUCUGUUUUUCUGUUUUCAUGUUGCAGAGAUAUUUGCCUGUUUCUAAUACAUAAGAAGAUGUGUUUGAGU